GUCUGGCGGUAUCCUACAGUAACAACCUGUUCAUGUCCAGCAUUGUGUUGAUCACACAGCAGCAGUCCGCUGCUCUCCGUCUUUGUCCUCAAGGCAACUGCGCGCUUUGCCUUGAAUGUAACGCUAGCUAAUUUUUAUUUCUAGUCCAGAGUAUUUUGAGCCAUCUAUUUAAAGACUGUUAGACGAUCAGAAGGAUUCAAAGAUGGUGUUAGUACACGUUGGAUAUCUGGUUCUACCCGUUUUCGGCUCAGUAAGAAAUCGAGGAUCUCAGUUUAACAGGCAUCAGCAUAGCCAUGCUACCUCUUGCCGGCAUUUCCAAGUAGGGCCUCAGGCCCAGAUCCCUGUUGACUUCCCAAUGCCCCAUCCAGGACAAUCUCAGGCGGGAAUGAAUCCGCACCUUGGCCCAAUGCACCAGCCAGCUGCCCCGUUGCAUCCUCCCCUUGGUCACAUACCAGCACCACAGUUCCAGGACAUCCAAGGCCCCCCCUUCCUACCUCAGGCUUUACACCAGCAAUACCUCAUCCAGCAGCAGAUCCUGGAGGCACAGCACAGGAGGUUCCUUCCACAGCCCAGAAAUGCCCAAGAGAGAACAGCACACCAUCCCCAGGCGAUCCGUGCCCCCUAUGAAUACACCCCCUCCAUACAUGUUCCUCCCCCUCCACCUGUGCCGCAGCAGCCACGCUAUCUUGCUGAAGGAACAGACUGGGACUUGAGUGUGGACCCUGGUCUACCUCAUUCACACUACCAUGUUCCUCAGCUUCCGCAGCACUAUCAGCACUACCUGGCCUCUCCAAGGCUGCACCACUUUCCUAGAAAUGCUUCCUCAGCACAAGUGGUUGUCCAUGAGAUCAGAAACUACCCCUAUCCACAGUUACAUCUAUUGACCCUGCAGGGCCUCAAUCCCUCCCGCCACGCCACUGCUGUGAGGGAAAGCUAUGAGGAACUCUUACAGCUGGAAGACAGGCUUGGUAAUGUGAAUCGAGGGGCUGUGCAGACAACCAUUGAGAGGUUUACAUUUCCUCAUAAAUACAAAAAGAGAAGACCACUGGAGCUGAAAAUAGGGAUGGAUGAAGAUGAGCUGGACACAGACGAAAAGUGUACAAUUUGUUUGUCAGUGCUUGAGGAUGGAGAGGACGUGAGGAGAUUACCCUGCAUGCACCUCUUCCAUCAGGCUUGUGUUGACCAAUGGCUUGCAACCAAUAAAAAGUGUCCAAUUUGCAGGGUGGACAUUGAGACCCAGCUGACUCCAGACAGCUGAUGUCUUCUGUAGCGUUGGUGAAAGGUCUGCCAUUUUUUCCUGUCCCUUUUUGGGUACUUUGCCAAAUGUCUGUCUCUCCAUCACCUCUCACCUUUGACCUUGCCUUCUGAGCCAACUCAAAACGUGAAUCUUUAAUCCAUAUAGGAUUAAAGGUGAAUAGCAAAAUGAGCAAAACGGAAAGGAGUCUGAGGAUUCAUGGAGAAGAAUGUUCAGAACUGUUCGAGUGGGCAGGGGUCAGUGUGACAUUUAACUGAGUAUGUUAUUAAGAUGGUUCCGAUCAAAGUCCCCUGCAUGGACAUUCAGUGUGUUUAGGACAGUAGGUGCAUCCCCUGGAUGAUCUCAACUGCAAAUAACCUAAAGCUUUUCCUCUGUCACAAUGUUUCAUAAUGCAUUAUAACAAAACUUUAUGGAGCUUUCAAAUUUCCAGAUGUUAGUGGUAGUCAGUCAUGUAUUUCAGAUGUUCUGCAUUCUUCUAUAGUGCAGUUAAUCAACUCAAAAAUAUUUCAAAUGAGUACUCUGUGGGGAACAACAUGUGAAUGGUCAGUUAGUAGGAGAUGUAAUGAGUAGAUUAAAAAGUUAAAUGGGUUUUAAACAAAACCCUAAAAAGGAAUGUGAAAGGAAAACACAAGUCAAGUACUCCAGUAUGAAAUGACACUAUCAAUUAUUAACUGUAAUUAUCAGAAGUGAUAUAUAAUAUACUUUCUGUAACCAUGGUGACAGCAAGACCAGGCUUGAUUUAAGCUGUGACAGUAUGUAUUUGUGCUUGUGAAAUCUCCAUGCUUAGAAAAGUAUCCUCAAAAUGCAUGUUCUGUGAGAGGCUGAGGCUUGUUUUCAGGAACAUAAUGGAAAGAUGGGCAGUUUGUGCAUGACAGAUAUUUUACUAAUUCUGAAGACACUGUGUUCUCAACAUG